AUUUAAAAAACUAAAAUAACAAAAACAACCCGAAAAAAAGCUCUCUCGCUCUUCAUAUUUUCUCUCUCUCUCUUGUUGGGUGGAUGCUGCAAAAUCGAUUUUUCGUUCUCUCUCUUUCUAUCACUCUCUAAUUUUUCAUAUUGUCCCUGCUAAUUUUUGGUGGAAUCUGAUUGCAGAGUUGUCAAAACCCUAGAUCUUGCUUGUUUGGUUCCUGUAUUUCGUCUGAUUUGGGCAUUUAGCGGUUGGAUCUCGAUGUUUUCGUAACCGUUUCAGCUCGAUUUCCGAAGAUCUUAGCCAUUAAUUUACGUGAAAGUUUCGGGAGCAAAUAUUUUGCUUAUUAGACCGUUAGUUUUUUCAUCUUUUUUUAAUUGAUUUUGUCGAUGGCUUCGAAUCCUCCAUUCCAUGUGGAGGAUACGACAGAUGAAGAUUUUUUCGAUAAGUUGGUUAAUGAUGAUGACGAUGAUAUAGGCCCCACCGUAUCAAAAUUUACGGAGGGUAAUGACUCGGACGAAGCUAGAGCCUUCGCCAAUUUGACAGUCGGUGAAGAUUUUGGCAGCGUGUCUGACAGUUCUGAUGAAAAGGAAAAAGAUCCUGUGGAUGCAAGUCCUACACCAGCUAGUGCACAAGCAAGAGAUGACGGUAAUGAUUCAUUAGGAUUUGACACUAGGGUGAUAGAUUCGAAUAAUCACGGCAAUGAAGGGGCGGAGCCAAAGGUUGGAUUGGAUCUGAAUUUAACUGAGAAUAUUGGAUCUAUGGAUUCUGGGGUUAAGGAAGUAGGGUGGAAUUCGUUUUAUGCUGAUUCUAACGAGAAUGGUGUGCAUGGGUUCGGUUCAUAUUCUGAUUUUUUCAAUGAUUUAGGGGAGAACUCCCCAGGGGAGUUCCCUGGGAAAGUUGAUGCCAGUAUGACAACGUAUGUGCUAGAUCAGAAUUCGGUUAAUAGUCAUGGGCAGUAUUACGAUGGUGGCCUAGUUUGUGGAGCUUCUACAGCAGAUAAUGGAAAUGUGCAAGAUUAUAAUAGCAUUCAGUACUGGGAGAGUAUGUAUCCCGGAUGGAAGUAUGACACAAAUACAGGGCAGUGGUAUCAGGUGGAUGGUUACGAGGGGAAAUUUCAAGGGACAUUUGAGAGUUCGGGUGGUGAUGGCAGUGGGCAAGCAGGGGUUUCUUUCUUGCAGCACACAGUUCAGUCUCUUGCUGGGACUACGGCGACUUUGGAGAAUGGCGUCCAUGAGAGUUUGGCAAAUUGGAAUCGGGUUUCACAAGUGAAUAAUGGGUAUCCAGAACAUAUGAUUUUUGACCCACAAUACCCUGGUUGGUAUUAUGACACAAUUGCCCAAGAAUGGCGGUCACUGGAGAGCUAUAAUGCUUCUGUUCAGUCAAUGACUCAAGGUAGUAAUCAGCAAAUUCAGAAUGAAUUUGCUUCUACUGAUGGGCAUUCUCAAAGUAACAGUUAUGAUGUUUAUGGUGAAUAUGGGCAAGGUGAUAGCUAUGCGUCACAAAGCCUUGGAAGCCCUGGUGGACAUGGUAAUUGGGGAGACUCCUUUGGUAAUUUUAAUGGUCCUAGUUUGAAUAUGUGGCAACCUGGGGCUGUUGCCAAAACUGACACAGUUUCUAGCUUUACUGGAAACCACCAACCGGAUACAUCGUUUGGUUCGAAUAUGGCUGUGAGCAACCUUGUAAGUCACUUCAAGUCAUCCCAUAAUGCUCUGCAGGAAGUUCAGUCACUCAAUAGUGCUAAUCAGGUUCAUGCUGAGGCCAAUGGAGUUACCGGGUUAAGGAGCUUUAUUCCUAGUGAGAAAUUCAACCACCAGUUUAAUCAAACAAAUAUAAAGCAAAAUGAGCAAAUGCAUUUCUCAAAUGAUUUCUAUGGGGGCCAGAAGUCUAUAAAUGUUUCCCAGCAGCCGCUUCAGAGUGACCAGCAGUUUCCUUAUGCUUCUAACACAGGGAGAUCAUCUGCCGGACGUCCUCCACAUGCACUAGUUACUUUUGGUUUUGGUGGAAAACUCAUAGUAAUGAAAGAUGCCAGUCCUCUGCAGAACUCAUCAUUUGGUGCCCAGGGUUCUUUAGGAGCCUCUAUCUCUGUUCUCAAUUUGUUGGAAGUUGUCAAUGGAAACACAAAUCAUUCUGGUGCUGUAUUGACGGAUUGUGAUUAUUUUCGUACUCUGUGUCAACAAUCCUUUCCCGGUCCAUUGGUUGGUGGAAAUGUAAGCGGUAAAGAGUUGAACAAGUGGAUUGAUGAAAGAAUUGCCAGCUGUGAAUCACCGGACAUGGACUACAGAAAAGGUGAAGCUUUGAAGCUGCUUCUCUCAUUGCUUAAAAUAGCUUACCAGCAUUAUGGAAAACUUCGGUCUCCUUUUGGUGCUGACACUCUAUUGAAGGAGACUGAUACUCCAGAAUCAGCAGUUGCUAAGCUCUUUGCAUCUGCAAAGAGGAAGGACACACCUUAUGGCACUCUUAGCCACUGCUUACAGCAAUUGCCGUCUGAAGGGCAAAUUCAUGCAACUGCUAUUGAGGUACAGAAUCUUCUGAUUUCUGGUAGAAAGCAAGAAGCUCUACAGCGUGCACAAGAAGGUCAAUUGUGGGGACCUGCACUUGUCCUUGCAUCACAACUUGGUAAUCAGUUCUACAUUGAUACCGUGAAGCAAAUGGCAGUUCGUCAGCUGGUAGCAGGGUCUCCUUUACGGACAUUAUGCCUGCUAAUUGCCGGGCAACCAGCAGAAGUUUUUUCUACUGGCACCAGCAUUGAUAGCUUGAAUGUGUCUGAACAGCAUACUCAGAUUGGGGCUAAUUGCAUGCUCGAUGACUGGGAAGAGAACUUGGCUGUAAUCACUGCUAACAGAACCAAAGAUGAUGAGCUUGUAAUUAUUCAUCUUGGAGAUUGCCUAUGGAGGGAAAGAAGUGAGAUAACUGCAGCGCACAUCUGUUAUUUAGUUGCUGAAGCAAACUUUGAGUCAUAUUCGGAUAGUGCUAGACUGUGUCUUCUUGGAACAGAUCACUGGAAGUUUCCCCGAACGUAUGCUAGUGCAGAAGCUAUCCAGAGGACUGAGUUAUAUGAAUAUUCAAAGGUUCUAGGAAAUCCUCAGUUCAUCCUGCUACCAUUUCAGCCUUACAAGCUUGUAUAUGCAUACAUGCUGGCUGAAGUUGGAAAAAUUUCAGAUUCAUUGAAGUACUGUCAAGCCAUAUUAAAAUCUCUGAAAACCGGACGAGCGCCUGAGGUAGAAACGUGGAAACAAUUAAUUUUAUCUCUAGAGGAGAGGAUAAGAAUCCAUCAACAGGGGGGGUAUGCUGCAAAUUUAGCUCCAGCUAAAUUAGUUGAUAAAUUGCUAAAUUUUUUUGAUAGUACUGCACACCGUGUUGUGGGGAGUCUACCACCACCUGCUCCAUCAGCAUCAAACGGAAAUUUUCAAGGUAAUGAUCAGUUCCACCAACAAACUGGACCAAGAGUAUCUGCUAGCCAAUCAACAAUGGCUAUGUCAUCUUUGAUGCCCUCUUCUUCAAUGGAGCCUAUAAGUGAUUGGGCAGGCAGGGGGGCUGAUGGCAAAAUGACAAUGCAUAAUAGAAGUGUUUCAGAGCCAGACUUUGGCAGAACUCCAAGACAGGUUGAUUCAUCAAAGGAAGCAGAAGCAUCCACUACACAAGUCAAAGCAUCAGGGUCGGUAGGGGCAUCUCGCUUUGGUUUUGGUUUUGGCUCACAGCUUCUCCAGAAGACUGUGGGAUUAGUCUUAAGGCCUCGCUCAGAUAAACAGGCUAAGCUGGGUGAAAAGAACAAAUUCUACUAUGAUGAAAAACUUAAGAGAUGGGUUGAGGAAGGUGCUGAACCUCCAGCUGAAGAACCAGCCUUGGCACCACCUCCAACCACUGCUGCAUUCCAGAAUGGAAGGUCUGACUACAACUUGAACUCUACAUUGAACAGCGAGGUCUCUCCUUCGAAUGGGAUCCCAGAAUUAAAAAAUCUAACCCCAAUAGAACCUGCUUCUGGGGUCCCACCUAUUCCUACCAUCUCCAAUCAAUUCUCGGCUCGUGGACGAAUGGGUGUUCGAGCAAGAUAUGUGGACACAUUCAACCAAGGUGGUGGUGGCCAAGCAAAUUUAUUCCAAUCACCUGCUGUUCCCUCUGUUAAGCCUGCAAUGGCAGCCAAUGCAAAGUUCUUUAUUCCCACUCCUGCAUCAACAAACGAGCAAAUGAUGGAGGCAAUAGCCGAAAAUGCACAAGAAGAAAAUGGAACUAGUAAUAACCCUACGACAUCCAAUACGAAUGAGUUCUAUGAAUCUGCCUUGAAUAUACAAAAGUUUCCUAGCGUGGAUAAUAUUACAAAAACUGCCAAUGGUUUUCCACCGUUCUCAAGACGAACAGCCUCAUGGAGCGGAAGCAACUUUGGAAAUGUAGUUACUCCUAGUAAGGCUGAAAUCGGACAAUUAGGGGAAGCAACAGGAAUGUCUCCAUCUUCGUUGGGUCAAAGGAAUGGUAGUUUCGGUGAUGAACUACAUGAGGUAGAACUUUGAGCCAAGAAAUGUCAAGAUGUACAUAUCCAAGUUUUGUUGCUGCAAACAACAAAUACAAGACGCGAAUUUUAAUUCUCUGCCCCCUGCAUCUUCCAAGUUCACAUCAUCAAAAUGGCAGCAAUCGCCUGAACUGGUUCGGUUAAAAAUGGAAGAAAAAAAACAAAUCAUUUCUUUUGGGCGAGGCUAAAACUUGUUGACCCUUUCCCCCUUUCUUCAUUAUGUUUCGAAAUUCAGUUGCUUAUUUAGUUGUAUUAUUAGGUUUCAUAUUGUAUUGUUACAGCCCAUGGUUGAAGGAGCUAGUUUUGUUUUUGUUUGUUUUCACUAAAAAGCAACGAAAAGGCCGAACAGGCAAACAUUGUACAGUCAUUUGUUCUUCCAUUGCCCAAAACAUUAUUCAAUUAUAUAUUUUUUACAAAAUAUUAUUCAA